AUGGUCGCAUGCAGAAUUGGUACAUGGAUGUUCAAGAACAAAUUGACAAAGAACACAUUUAUGAUGUUACUUAAUGCAGUUGGAACUGAUUUAAAACAUUGUACAAGUAGAAAUUUUGCAAUCAUACCGGAGAUUCAACUGUUAAUAGCAUUAAGAUAUUAUGCUACUGGAGCAUUUCAAGCUGUUUUAGGUGAUCAUAUGCAAGUGCAUAAGUCAACUGUAUGCAGAAUUGUUAAACGUGUUUCAAAACGUUUAGCAUGUCUUCGUCCCUUCUUCAUUAAUAUGCCCAAGAACCAAAAUGAAAAACAAGAAGUAAAGAUUGGAUUUUACCAAACUCAUAAUGUUCCUAGGGUUAUUGGUGCUAUUGAUUGUACUCACAUCAGAAUACAGUCCCCAAAUAGUGAUAUAGGUGAACAAUUCAGAAAUCGAAAAGGCUACUUUUCAUUCAAUGUACAGGCUGUGUGUAACAGCAAAAUGGAGAUAAUGAAUAUUGUGGCUAGGUAA